AUGGCAGACCCUGCGUUCACCCACUCGCUCUUCGCCACCCUCGAGCAGACCAUCGCACCCGACACCCAGGUCAUCAAGGCUGCGACGGUCCAGCUCAACAACCACUUCUACACGGACGCCCGAUGCGUCCCUUCCCUGUUCGAGAUCGGCACGAGUGGCGCCAACCCGGCUAUCCGCCAACUGGCGCUCGUCGAGCUCCGCAAGCGCGUCUCGGCCAAGAAGAACAAGCAAUGGCUCGCGCAGCAGCAGGACGUGCGGAACGCGAUCAAGAGUCGGCUGCUUGACUUCUUGCUCACCGAGACCAACUCCCAAGCCCGCGCUGCCUCGACCCGCCUCGUGUCGGCGCUCGCCAAGCUCGAGGUCGAAAAGGGUACCUGGCCUGAACUCUACCCCUGGUUGUGGAACAUGGCGUCCGCGCCCGCCGCCUCUCAGCGCGAAGUCGCCCUCCAAACCAUCUUCAUGGUUCUCGACACCAUCUCGAUCGCACCUACCACCGCCGGAGGGAACGCGACGAACCAGAUUCCCGCGUUGUUGCAGCUGCUGAGUAAGACGGUCGCGGAUCCGGAGAGUCUGGUCGUCAAGGUUUGGUCGAUUCGGGCGUUGGGCAAGUUGAGCGAGUUCUUGGAGGAGGGCGAGGAUGCAGAGAUUUCGACGGUCCAGGGCUUGAUUCCCGCGGUCGUCCAGGUCCUCCAGCAGUCGCUCGACAACUCGGACGAGUCGUCGACCAAGUCGAUCUUCGAGUUCAUCGAGCAGAUCACGCUCUCCGAGGUGCCCAUCUUCAACCCGCACAUCACCAACUUUGUCACGUUCCUCCUCCAAGCCUCGGCGAACCAGGCCUACGACUCGGAUUUGCGCGUCAUGUGCCUCAACUCGCUCUUCUGGAUCGUCAAGUUCAAAAAGUCCAAGGUCCAGCAGCUCAACCUCGCCCCUCAGAUCCUCACCGGCCUGUUGCCCAUUGGCGCCGAGCCCGAACCCGCCGACAUCGAGGACGAGGCGCCUUCCCGCGUCGCUUUCCGCGUCAUCGACGUCCUCGCGACCUCGCUCCCUCCGUCGCACGUCUUCCCCCCUCUCUUCGAGCAAGUCCGCACGCUCGCCGCUUCCCCCGACGCCGGACUCCGCAAGAGCGCCAUCACCGCUUUCGGCGUCGUCGUCGAGGGUUGCUCGCUCUACAUCCAGCCUCACCUCGACAACCUCUGGCCGCUCAUCAUCAACGGCCUGCAAGACCCCGAGGUCGUCGUUCGCAAGGCGGCGUGCACGGCACUCGGGUGCCUGUGUGAGAUGCUCGAGGAGGAAUGCGCGAAGCAGCACGCCCUCCUCCUCCCGCUCAUCUCGAAGCUCAUGUCCGACCCGGCGACUCAGCGACCGGCCUGUAUCGCUCUCGACUGUCUCCUCGAGGUUCUCGGAUCCGACAUCGAGCCGUACAUCCCCUCGCUCAUGGAGGCCCUCGUCGGGAUGCUCGACUCGGCCCCUCUCGCGCUCAAGUCGACCGUCGUCGGCGCGAUCGGCUCGGCCGCACACGCGUCAAAGACCAAGUUUGCGCCCUACUUUGACGCAACCAUGCAGCGACUCGUGCAGUUCCUCCAGCUCACCGAGGAGGGCGAGGAACUCGACCUCCGCGGUGUCGCGCAAGACACGGUCGGGACGCUCGCCGAGGCGGUCGGUGCCGAGCAGUUCCGCCCUUACUACGCGCCGUUGAUGCAGCAUGCGAUUGCGGCGGUCGGGAUCGAGCACGCGUCAAACUUGAAGGAGUGCAGCUCGAUCUUCUUUGCGGUCGUCUCGCGCGUCUACAAGGAGGAGUUUGCGCAGUACCUCCCCAUCAUCAUGCCUAUCCUCCUUGCCUCGGUCGCACAGGAGGAGGUUGACGACGAGGCGCUCCUCGGCGGCAACGCCUCGACCGACUUUGCGACGGGCGUUGACGACGACGACGAGGACCCCGACUUUGAGGACCUCGACGAGGACAUCGACUCGGACGAGGAGGAGGCCUUCUACAAGGCGAGCACGCAGAUCGCGAUCGAGAAGGAGUGCGCCUCGGACGCGCUCGCCGAGAUUUUUGACAACGUCGGCAAGCCCUUCCUCCCUUACCUCGAGCCGUGCGUCAAGGCACUCGUCGCGGGCGUCGACCACCACUGGCACGACGGCAUCCGCAAGAGCAGCAUGGCUGCCUUGCUCGGCUUCAUCGCGACCCUCAACCGCCUCGUCGAGCCGCCCAAGUGGACCAAGGGUUCGAGCGGGAACCAGCUCAACCCGGACGUUGCCCAGCUCGUCCAGCUCGUCAUGCCCAAGAUCAUGGAGGCCUGGGCAGAGGAGGACGAGCUAUCGGUCGUCAACGAGUUGUGCAACUCGCUCUCCGCCGCACUCAUGGCCGUCGGCCCGGCCCUCAUCGUUCCCGACUACGUCCAGCCCAUCUGCGAGCAGGCUUCGGCGAUCCUCCAGCGCAAGGCCAAGUGCCAGAUUGGCGACGACGAGGACGAGGCCGAGGCCGGCGAGCACGAGCAGAGCGAGUACGAUGCGGCGCUCGUCGGUGCCGCGUGCGACCUCGUUGGCUCGCUCGCUUCGACCCUCGGCGCCGACUUUGCCCAGCUCUUCUCCGCCUUCAUGCCCUCGAUGAUCUCGUACUACGACCCGGCGCGCUCGACGGCCGACCGCUCGACCGCCAUCGGCUCGCUCGCCGAGAUCGUCAACGGAAUGGAGGGCGCCUCGACCGCCUUCUCCGACACCCUCUUCCCGCUCUUCCUCCAGGCCUUGGCUGACCCCGAGCCCGAGGUCCAGUCCAACGCCGCCUUCGCGACCGGCAGCCUCGUGCUCCACACCACGGGCGACCUCUCCCCCCACUACCUCACCGUCCUCCAGGCCCUGCAUCCCCUCCUCGGCUUGCCUGACGAUGGCGCGGCGAAGCACGAGAACGCCAAGGACAACGCGUGCGGUGCGAUCGCGCGGAUGAUUAUCAAGAACGCGUCUGCCGUCCCUCUCGACCAGGUUGUUCCCGUUCUCGUCCAGUCCCUCCCCCUUCGACGAGACUACGCCGAGUCGGGCCACGUCUUCGAUGCGCUCCUCCUCCUCUUGCGCGAGCAGAACCCGCAAAUCCUCGCCAACCUCGACCACGUCCUCUCCGUUUUCGCCAAGGCCCUCGCCUCAACCAAGAAGGAGGAUGGCAGCGACGUCUUCUACCCUAACGGCGACGCCCAGAUCAGCCAGGAGAACAAGCAGCGCAUCGUCGAGCUCGUCAAGGCUCUCGCGUCGAGCCAGCCCGAAAAGGUCCAGCAGGCCGGCCUUGCGCCUUACCUCGCCUAA